AUGAACGAAGUAUUCUCUGAUGAAGUUGAAGGUGAAGAAGUACUUGUUGAAGAAGUUCGUCAAUUAAAGGAAGAUAUUCAUUCAAUUGAAGGAGUACAAGAAGAUCUGAAAACGCUAUUAGAAAAAUCUCGUCAUCUGCAAAACAACGACAUAAUUAGAAAGAUUGAUGAAAGGAUUUCCAAUUUAUUUGGUCCGCUUCGAUCUCGAAAUUAUUUGAAAUCAGUGGUACUAACUGGAAAUGAUAUUCAUAAUAUUGUAUGUAAACGAUUUCCAGAUGAGCUAGAGUAUUUAGAAUUGGGAGCAAAUUUUAUCUCAGAUUUAGAGCCAUUGAUAAUAUGUGGCGGUAAUUGUAUUAAAACUCUACAGCAUAUUGGAGUUGGAUGGAAUGAAAUUGGAGAUAUUCAACAAAUAUUUACUCAAGAAAAAUGGCUGAAUUUAUGUUCAUUAGAUUUGAGUUACAAUUUAUUAUCGGAUAUAUUUUGUGUUGUACAGCCGUUAAAGCAGUUAUUAAAAUUAAGAAUACUAUAUCUACAAGGCAAUCCUAUAUGUUUGAUUCCAUUUUAUCGUGCCUAUAUCAUCGACAGUUUCCAACAUUUGUCCGUAUUUGAUGAUGUGACAAUUACAGCUGAGGAAAGAUUUCGUUAUAGAUCAUUUGCUCAGUCCAUAACUUCAAACAUUCAGGAAGCAUCAUUAACUAUCAAAAUCAACAAUAUCAAGAAUGUUCCAAUGCCAGUUGAAUUGCAACAUCCCGAAACUCAAUCAGAGGUACCGGUUAAAACACAUAAAUACUAUGUCAAAAUUUCAUGGUUUAAAACUGAUCAAUUAUCAGCAGAAGAUGAUAAUAACAAUGAUGUGGAUAUGCCAUUUGACAAAUUUUCGAACUAUCAUAAUUUUGAAUCAGAUGUAUUAAAAACUGCUUCAUUGGAUUGGAAAAAUGAUUUAGAUUUUGGACCGACAAAUUCUGAAUUUAAAUUGACUAUUUCAAAAUUAAUUCAACUACGAGAUUAUUUUUUUCAUGGAGCACAAUGUGAUUUUGUUUAUGAAAUGACUGAAUAUUAUCCACCAGAUGAAUCAGACAGUGAAACGGAUGAUAAAGGAAAACAUCGAAAAAAAUCUCCAAAUUCAAAACGUUCACAUUCAUCGGGAAAAAAGAAAGAUGGAUCGGAUCACGCAAAAGGAGGAGACAAGAAACAGAAAGAACAAAAAGACGGUAAAAAGAAGCCUGCUGAUUUAUCUAAUUUGGUUGCCCAUUCUCCAAAAGUAAUAACCUUAGCAACAUUUCAUAUUGAUUUAAAACCAUUGUUAGAAGGAGAAUUUACUGCAACAAAAACUUUUAAAGAAAUAUUAAAAGAACAAUAUGAACAACAAACAAAUAUGACUACGCAACCACCUUUAGGAAAAAAUAAGAAACAGGAAAAAGCUUCAGAUAAAGGUCGUGAACAAUCUGGCAAAAAACCAAAACGAAGUCCCAGUCCAAAAGGAAAAGCAAAAACGAUUAAAUCACUGUCAAGUGAACAAGGUGAUGACGUUUUACCACCUCCUGAUCCAUUUCAAUGUAUGGUCACAUUUUCUUUGCAUCAUUUCGCAGCAACAGGAAAACUAGUUUGA